AUGACUAUCCGCUCUCUAAAUAUGACUGCUACUGGCGAACAGUCCCCAUUCAAUGCCGAAUUCGAUCAACUCGUCACUGAUACCCUUGGAACAUGGAAGAUCCCGGGAUUGUCUAUCGCUAUUGUGCACGGAGCUCACACUCAUUCCAAGGCCUAUGGACUGGCAGAGUUCCCGAACAAGAACAUGACAACCGAUGCACUAUUUCCGGCCGCUAGUACCACGAAAGCUUUCACCAGUGCAGCCACUUCUAUGGUUAUCAAAGAUAGCAAAUACACCGAGUCUCCAAUUGACUGGGACACGCCCAUUUCUUCUCUGAUCCCAGACGAUUUUGCCCUGGCGGAUGACUACCUCACUGCACACACCACGCUAGAGGACGCGCUCUCCCACAGAACAGGGCAGCCAGGCCACAACUGGAUGCUAAGCUAUACGCCAGAAGAUGCAACCCCUCAAGACCUCGUUCGCUCGUUGCGGCACUUGCCAAUCUCACACCCCCCUCGGACUCAUUUCCAGUACACCAACAACAUGUUCAUCGCAGUGACACAUGCCCUGCACGAAAUAACAGGCAUUCCUCUAGGAAGGAUUCUUAAACAGCGAAUCUGGGAACCACUUAACAUGAAUGAAACGUUUUUCGGAGUCCCCGAAGCCCAAUCGAACCCAUCAGCCGCAGGCAGAAUUGCAGAAGGAUAUACUUGGUCACCCGAUAGCGAGGGCGGCUUUUACUCCAAAGAGAGCCAACCAAGCUGGAGAGCAAACACUGGCGCUGGAGCGAUAGUCAGCAGUGUCCUUGACUACUCUAAAUGGAUCAGAGAACAGAUUGAGAAAUCUGGACCUCUGAAAGACCACGAUUCCCUAAUCAAGCCCCGAACUUUCCAUUUCGAGGAAGGUGAUCUGAACUUACCCUCACCAUACCACGCAUAUGCUCUAGGCUGGUUCGUGGAUAACUACCGCGGUCAAAAUCUCUAUCAUCAUACUGGUAGUUGGCCCGGGUAUGGAAGCUUCGUGGGCUUCAUCCCCGAUAAACAGUUCGGGUUCGUCAUGAUGGGGAACUCGGCCACCGCCAGGAACGGGACCCUGAAACUGGUUAUUCAUCUUAUCGAUAAAUUGCUUGGACCUUCCACUGACCCUUUACUCAAUGAACGAAUGACUGCUUGCUUCAAAAGACAGAUGGAGGAGCGCGAGCAAAUGAUGGAGGAUUUACAGCGGAGUACGGAGGAUGUCAAGAAGCGGCUAUUUCUUCGACUUCCUGAUCCUCCAAUUCCUCAUUCUCUGGACCUGGAGAAAUAUGCGGGGACGUAUAAGCAUCCGGCUAAUGCCUCGGUCACUAUCAAGUUUGAAGAUGGAAAGUUGUUUACUGAGAAGACUCAAGGCGCUCUACCUAGUGUCUUGGACCUGACGCAUGCUAGUGGAAAUUUCUUUGUUGGUAGGACGAAGACCUUUAAUCUUGCUUUGAUGGUGCCGUUCAUCGUGGAGUUUUGGAUUGACUCCACGGGGAGUGUCAGGAAAGUUGGAAUGGAUGUGGAGCCAAGCUUGAAGGGAGAGAUGAUCUGGUUUGAGCGUUGUGAAGUUUGA